AAAAAUAGUGAGACUUGAGAUUUUUGUUUUGCAUAACACAUACAGCAAACCAGUAAAAAAAGGCGGUUUUGAAUACAAGUACAACUUCGAUUACCGUAUUCAAUUUUCCGAGUUUUUCCUUUACACGACUGAAAUUCAACAGGAAAAAAUCAUAAAUCGCUACUUUCCAUUUUCCAAUCUUGUUGAACGCUGAGCUGAAUUCCUUUCCUUUCAUGGCUUCCUUUCGCAGGCUCCUUCCUCUUUGCUCUUCCCUAAGACAGGGAACGAGGUUUUCUUUUUCUGGAGUAUAUGAAAGAUUUGGAGCAAAUGUAUGUGGCUACAGCAAGUUUACAUCCUCCGUGCAUACGGUAUCCAAGUUUGAGGAAAAAAUAAAGCGUGCAGAAGCAGACGCUUCGGAGGAUAAUGAUGACAUUGACAAUAUUCGGAGGGAGUUCGAUGCUGCCAAACGGAGUUUCCUUGAGAUUCCAGAAGCACUCAAGGCAAUGCCGAAGACAAAUCCUGAAGGUAUAUAUGUGAAUAGGGGUCUCAGAUUGGAUCUUAUUCAAGUAUAUGGAUUUGAUUAUGAUUUUACUUUGGCACAUUACUCUGCUAACUUGCAAAGUUUGAUAUAUGAUCUCGCAAAGGAGCACAUGGUGAAGGAGUUUAAGUAUCCGGAGGUUUGUAUGAGUUUUAAAUAUGAUCCAUCCUUUCCCAUUAGAGGAUUGUACUAUGAUAGGGAGCAUGGCUGUCUAUUGAAGUUGGAUUUUUUUGGUUCCAUAGAGGAAGAGGGAUGCUUCUAUGGUCGUCACCAGCUUAGUGAGGAGGAAAUAGUAGAGAUAUAUGGCACAAGACAUAUUGGCCGUGACCAGGCACGCCGUCUGGUGGGCUUGAUGGACUUUUUCUGCUUCAGUGAGGCAUGUCUCAUUGCUGAUAUGGUGCAAUAUUUCGUUGAUGCUAAACUAGAAUUUGAUGCCUGCUAUAUAUAUGAAGAUGUUAAUAAUGCAAUUCAGCAUGUUCAUCAAAGUGGUUUGAUGCAUAGAGGAAUUCUAUCUGAUCCUCAUCGAUAUCUUGUAAAAAAUGGCCAGCUUUUACGGUUUCUUAGGAUGUUAAAGGAGAAGGGGAAGAAACUUUUCUUGCUGACAAAUUCACCGUAUUACUUUGUGGAUGGAGGGAUGCAGUUUAUGUUGGAGGAUUCAACGGGCAACAGCGGUUCAUGGAAGGAGCUUUUUGAUGUUGUAAUUGCAAAAGCCAAUAAGCCGGGUUUCUACACUUCCGAGCAUCCUUUCCGCUGCUAUGACACAGAGAAGGAUACUCUAGCUUUUACGAAAGUGGAUACAUUCCUUAAAAAUAAAAUAUAUUACCAUGGAUCCCUGAAAUCUUUUCUCCAAAUAACUAAAUGGAAGGGCCCAGAGGUGAUAUACUUUGGUGAUCACCUAUUUAGUGACUUGAGGGGCCCUUCAAAGGCUGGUUGGCGGACUGCUGCUAUCAUCCAUGAAUUAGAAGAUGAAAUACGCAUACAGAACGAAGAUCGUUAUCGAUUUGAACAGGCAAAAUUUCAUAUACUACAGGAACUGCUUGGGAGAUUACAUGCAGUUAUACCCAGUAGUAAGAGAAGUGAGGCAUACAAGUUGCUUAUGGGUGAACUAAAUGAAGAGAGGCAGAAAGCACGCAGUAUGAUGAAGAGAAUGUUCAAUACAUCUUUUGGGGCCACCUUCCUCACUGACAAAGGUCAAGAAUCUGCUUUUGCUUAUCACAUCCAUCAAUAUGCUGAUGUGUACACUAGUAAACCAGAAAACUUUUUGUUCUUCUCACCUGAGACGUGGCUUCAUGCACCCUGUGAUAUCAAGAUCAUGCCUCAUCAUGUGAAGAUUCCAUCUAGUUUGUUCAAAACCAGUAGAUGUUCCUCAAUGCCAUAAAAAGAUUGGAGGACCAUUUUGUUCAAGCUCAAAAUCUGGUAAGCUUAUUGACGUUUCUGUCACUGCGGAUGACGUUUCUGUCAUUACGGACGACCGUGGUAUUAUGCUUUAUGUUCCAUGAUGGGGUGGGAAUGAGUUCAUGUAUCUCUUGCACGUGAUUCUAAAACAUCAUCUCACAUUGCGCCGCAAAAGGAACUAUCUGUUAUCUCUAUUCCAAAUUUUGUGGAAUUUUGAACAAAGAUGGUGAGUUAUUGACUAGUAUGGUGAUGAACUGCCAUCGGAUUGACAGUUGAUUUUUGCUUACUAGGUGAUUGAUUAAAGCUUUAACCCAAAUUGAUAUGUUUGAACUUUGAUUAGCAGCAUGCCUGUCUACUGGUAGAUGAUUGUUAACCAUAUCCUAGUUCUUUAACGCUGUCCAGCUAUGUCAUUGGCAGCUAUUUGUAUCCUUCUAGUUAGAAAAGCAUGUAUUGCGCUUGCAUAUUUGUUUUUAAUUUAGUCGUUAUCGUUAUCA